AUGGGUGAUCAUACAAGCUUUCACAGCAAUGCCAAGAGUAAAGGUGAUGAUUUGAUGAGACAAGGUCAGUCUAUCAAACAUGCUUUAAAUAAGCAAACUGAUGUUGUGAAAAAUGAGUAUCGGAUCCGUUUGAGUGCUUCGAUUGAUGUUUGUAGACACUUGUUACACCAAGGCUUGUCUUUUCGUGCUCAUUAUGAGAAAGAAGACUCAACAAACAAAGGUAACUUCAUAGAGCUUCUGAAAUAUACAGCUAGUCAGAAUGAGGUUGUAAGCAAGGUUGUGUUGAACAAUGUUCCUAAAAAUAAUCAAAUGACACCUCCUCCAAUUCAGAAAGACAUUGUUCAUUGUUUUGCAGAAGAAGUACCUAGAUCUCUUAUCCAUGAAAUGGAUAAUGAUUUCUUUGGUUUGUUGGUAGAUGAAUCUGCUGAUGUUUCAGAUAAAGAGCAAAUGGCUGUGGUUUUGCGCUUUGUUGAUAAAUUCGGGUUGCUGGUUGUUGUGGCUGUUGCAAAGAAACAUUGUGAAAUUGGAGAAUUUUUUGAGAUGGUUCAUGUUUUGUUGAAUGUGGUUGGAGCUUCUUGCAAGAGAAAAAAGGUGCUCCUUGAAAAUAAUCGCAAGAGAAUAGAAAAAGGGAUUGAUAGUGGUGAAAUCAAGACAGGAACUGGGCUGAAUCAAGACCUUUCACUUACAAGACCUGGAUAUACUCGAUGGGGUUCGCAUUAUAAGACUUUACUACGUCUUGCCGAGAUGUUUCCAUGUAUUAUAGAAGUUCUUGAGCUCAUUCAGAUUGAAGGCACAUAUAGCACCAAAAGACAGCAAGCAUAUGGCCUUCUCAAAUACUUUCACACCUUUGAUUUUGUUUUUUAUCUACAACUGAUGCUUGCUGUUCUGGGACUCACUAAUAGCUUAUCAAAGGCUCUGCAGAAGAAAGAUCAAGAGAUCUUGAAUGCUAUUUCACUAGUGGAAUCUACUAAGCGGCAGUUGAAUAAGCUUAGAAAUGAUGGAUGCGAUGAUUUUGUGGCUCAAAUUUGUUCUUUUGGUGAGAAAAAUAAUACAGAAGUGCUCACUAUGGAGGAGGAAUUUGUUGAUUCAAUAAGGCCAAGGAAGAAAAGCGGAAAAACCAAUUUGCGUCACUACAAGAUAGAUUGUUUUUAUAGUGUCUUGGAUAUGCAGCUUGUAGAGUUUAACGACCGUUUUGACGAGGUAAACUCUGAACUACUUGUUUCUAUGGCAUCAUUAAGUCCGAUAGAUUCAUUUCACCAGUUUGAUAAAUCAAAGCUGGUUAGAUUAGCUGAGUUUUAUCCAGAUGAUUUUAGUCUGUUGGAGCUAAGAUCUCUUGAUCAUCAACUUGAUAUCUAUCUUGAUAAUGUGCAAAGAGAUGAAAGGUUUUCUAAGUUAGAAAGUCUUGGUGAUCUUGCUCGUGUAAUGGUUGAGACAAGGAAGCAUUUUUCUCAUCCUUUGGUUUAUCGACUUUUGAAGCUUUGUUUGAUUCUUCUUGUUGCGACCGCAACCGUCGAGAGGUGCUUUUCUUCAAUGAAUAUUGUGAAGACGGCUUCGCGUAAUAGUAUUGGCGAUGCUUUUUUAAGCGAUUGUCUAGUUUGUUUCAUUGAAAAACAGGUGCUUGAGACAGUGAAAAACGAAGUUGUGAUUAAACGAUUUCAAGAUAUGCAUGAGCGUAGAGUACAUCUUUGA